AUGGCCAUUUACCACUUCUUGACUCUCGUCCUAGCUGCGGCUGCCGCGGCGACGCCCACGCCAUCCAGCCCGAUCGCAUCUCCCGAGUUCGCCGAGUCGGACGACAUCGUCUCGGUCGAAGCCUACGGUGCCCAGAUGGCUAGCAUCGGAGAAGCCAACCUUCAAGCCCUCGCGGCGGAGCGCAUCUGCGACCUCACGCUCUGCAGCGGUGUCGACUUCACGGGCGAGUGCUCCUUGUGGUGCUACUACGAGAACAUGCACCAGAAGAUCCCGAGCGAGAAGAGAGCCAGCACCAUGUCCGCCCGCUACGGAAGGGCCAAAGAGUGCUGGUUCUACGGCGCUCCGACCUGCGACAUGCAAUUCCUCAUGCAUGGGCCGAUGCAGAGGCUUGUCAACCCUGGCGGCAAUCUUCAGGACAACGUGAGGGGCCAGGCCGGCUGCGUUUUGUGUCCCAGAAUUGGUUGA